UGCUGUAGUUUGCUGCGUGAAUGGAGCGUGGCGUCAGAUUAAGUGUCAUAUCGGCCUGCCUUACCUCGGGUCUGGUCCUCCUCUGCAGGCCUCAACGCUCUCUGCUGCAGAGAGGGGCUUCGUGACGUCACUGGCGGCUCCAGCGGCUCGUUGAUUGGAGAAGAAAAAAAAAAUGGGGAGAAGAUUGUGAGGUACUCAGGACCUCUAACGUACAGAGACUGAAUGUUCCCUCCCUGCGCAGUCAUGUGACUGACCUUCCAUUUUACGGUGGGACCUUUUCCUCCUCAUGCUGACUAACCCAGCCUGCCCUGUUCUCACCAUGAGGGGUCUGACCUCUGUGCCCUCAUACUGGCGCUGCCAUCGUGCCUCAUGAGCGCCUCCCUCCCCUCCAGCAGUUACUGCACGGAAUGGCCUCUCUGGACCUGCCAUACCGCUGUCCUCGCUGCGGGGAGCACAAGCGCUUCCGAAGCCUUUCGUCCCUUCGAGCCCACCUGGAGUACAACCACACAUACGAGACCCUUUAUGUCCUCUCCAAGUCCAACAGUGUGUGUGACGCCGCCGCUCUCCUGCCCCUAGUGGCCGAGGGAGCUCUCCUCACGCCCGCCAACAACAAAGACCCCUUCGAAGCGCUCCGGCCUUCGGCUCUGAAGGAGCGCCACUUUCCCUGCCGGGAGCUUCCCUGUGCCGACGACCUCAGCUUGACCCCAGCUAACUCCAACUCCGAGGCCAGGUACAUUCCUAAUGUGGAGUUCCCCCUGGGGGAGAUCUUUAUGAAGAAAGCGAUGACAUCCACGGAUCCGGGCAGUCAUGGAAACCCCAGCACUGCUGUGGCUGUGGCUGCGAAUGUGGCUGCUAGUGCCGUAGAGGCGGCUUAUGAGGAGGGCCUGGCGAGGCUGAAGGCGCGGGCGUUUGAGCGGCUGGAGCUGGACGAGAGGCUGGAGAAGUUGUCGGAGGAGGUGGAGCAGAAAAUAGCGGCCCGUGUAGGCCGUCUCCAGGCGGAGCUGGAGAGGAAGAGCUCUGAGCUGGAGAGGGCCAAGAAGGAGAGCGAGCGGCUGAGCCAGGAGAAGCAGGACCUGGAGGACAAGGCCUCUGAGCUCUCUCGGCAGGUGGACGUCUCCGUGGAAAUGCUGGCCAACCUCAAGCAGGAUCUGGUGAACAAGGAGGCGGAGUUAAACCACAAACAGCAGGAGGUUUCCCAGAUCGACCAGUUCCUUCAGGAGACGGCGGCACGGGAAGCCAAUGCUAAGGUGCGCCUGCAGCAGUUCAUUGAAGAGCUUCUGGACCGAGCUGACCGUGCUGAGAAACAGCUGCAGAUCAUCAGCAGCUGUGGCACCACACCGAACGGCAGCUUGGGACGCUGCAGUCUGCAGGCCUCCAAGGGCACAGGGCGCCAGAGAAAUUCCAGCCUCUCUGGGAGCACAAGGGGAAUGUACCAAGUAUCAGAGAGACGAUCUUCUCCCAGCACAGGAGCAUCAGGGAGGAUAAAGUCUGUCUCCCAGGGUUCUGGAGGUUACGACAGCGACAGUGUCGAAAUGCAUCCCAUGGAAGACUGUCCUGAGGCGCAGUACUAUCAGAUGCAGUGCCGCAUGGGCGAGGGUGGCUACGAGCGCUCCCCGGGAUGCGGAUCGAGAAACUGGGGUCUUCGCAAGCAGGCCAUUCAGAACUGGCAGCGGCGGCCGUACAGGAACAGCACCGAGGGUGAGGAGGGGGACGUGUCGGACGUGGGCUCGCGGACCACCGAGUCGGAAGUGGAGAUGUGGGAGCAAGAGCGGAGAGCCGUGGCUGAGGUUCAGCAGUCUGCAGUACCCUAUCCUUACCACAGCAGGGCAGCCUAUCGCCCUAACACGGGUCGGUCUGAUGUGGUUUACAGCAAGCCAUGCCGCCAUGAAAAGAGCCCAUCGAAAUCCAAUGAGGUGAUAAGUCCAGAGAUCCUGAAGAUGCGUGCAGCGCUUUUCUGCAUCUUCACCUACCUGGACACCAAAACCCUCCUGAGAACCGCAGAGGUCUGCCGCAACUGGAGGUUCGUGGCCCGACACCCAGCUGUGUGGACCAGAGUGCUGCUGGAAAACGCUCGCAUUUCUUCCAAGUUUUUGACCACAUUGUCUCAGUGGUGCACUCAGACACACUCCCUCAUUCUCCAAAACCUUAAACCAAGGCAGCGAGGCAAGAAAGAAUCCAAGGAGGACUACCUUAAAAGCACACGUGGCUGUCUUGAGGAAGGUUUGGAGGCGUUGUUAAAGGCCACAGGAAGUAACCUGCUGAUACUAAAGAUUUCACACUGUCCCAACCUGCUGACUGAUCGCUCCCUAUGGCUGGCCAGCUGCUACUGCCGUGCCCUCCAGGCUGUAACCUACAGGAGCGCCACAGAUCCAGUUGGCCAGGAGGUUAUCUGGGCCCUUGGCGCAGGGUGUAGAGAUAUUAUUUCUCUGCAGGUGGCGCCCCUACAUCCAUGUCAACAGCCAGCGCGUUUCAGUAACCGAUGCCUGCAGACGAUUGGAAGAUGCUGGCCACAUCUCCGUGCUCUUGGUGUGGGUGGAGCUGGAUGUGGGAUUCAGGGACUCGCCUCACUGGCGAGGAACUGCAUGCGCCUGCAGGUGUUGGAGUUGGACCAUGUGAGUGAAAUCAACCAGGAGGUGGCAGCAGAGGUUUGCAGAGAGGGUCUGAAGGGUCUGGAGAUGUUGGUGCUUUCAUCCACACCGGUCACCCCUAAAGCCUUGCUCCACUUCAACAGUGUUUGCCGCAACCUGAAAUCCAUCGUGGUUCAGAUUGGUAUAGAAGACUACUUUGAGGACCCCAACAGCCCAGAAGCCAGAAAGCUGUUUGAUGAAAUGGUUAACAAGCUGCAGGCUCUAAAGAAGAGACCGGGUUUCUCCAAAAUCCUCCAUGUGAAAGCAGACAGCCUCUGCUAACAUCCUUGGUGCAGGUUGCUGGAGCGUGCGACCACAGUAUGAGUUGAUCCGCGGGACACAGGUAGCUUGAGCCCACCUCUUGGUGGCUAGAUGCAUUUGGAGCACAAGUAACAGAACCAAGAAAGAUCUCAUUGAUGAAUAAAGGCCCAGGAUUACCAAGUAUAUUUUACGAACUAAAUAUCUGAAAAACAGAACCAGAUUUGAUGAAAAUGUGCUAAAUGUUGGCGAUCUUCACUGGCAGUAGAUUCUCAACCAAGAGCCUGUAUAAACCUUACUAACUAAAGAAACACAGCUGCUUUCAAAACCGUCUCUCUUCCACAAUCUAUCUAAACGUGGAGCCACUUGGAGUGUCACACGCUGCAUUCUUACUUUCUGCAUCUGCAUUAUACUUAAUGCAAGCUAGCUUCAACAUCAACCGCAGAAACAAGAUGGGGAACUUGCGUAUUCCCACAGAAGCCCAUCAAGCAUCUGUUUUCACAAGAAGUUGAGGCAUUUUUUUCCUAAAGGUUUGUAACGGGAGCUUUAUGCUUAGGUAUGAUGUCGAGGAAAUGAAUGCUUAUUGCACUCUGUCCUGCAAACUUGCCAAAUCCAAGUGUGUGAACAUGCACUGAAAGGGUGGGGGGCUCCCGCCCUGCAACACACAGAUCAUGUUAUCCUGAAAGUGCAUGGUAGCGCUGGGUUUUGCCUCCAGUACCGUCCUCUGCUUCCUUGUAUCAGAAUAUCCAUGUCAGCCAAACUGAAUUCAAUGUUAAUGAACUUUGGUGUAAUCUCUGGAUCUGUUUGCGUCAGAGGACAGUACGGAGUAUACUAAGUCGCUGGUGCAUUUUGUAGCGACGUUCAUCUUUAUUCCAAUAUUUCCUUCUCCGGUGUGCCAAUUAUAAAAGGAUGAGGGACCAGGCAAGUCACCAGUGUCCCUACUGGUCUCAAGUUUGCUGUGAGCAGAAGCAGCUCAAACUGAAUUUAAAGUGUUGUGUUUCCCAUAAAGCAAAUUAUCCAGGUGUGUACAGGUGUUCUAGUGUUUGUAUUCAUACUGAACAGUGCCAUUUGCAUCACAGGGGCUAUUCUCUGCAUUUUAAUCCAUUAGGUGAUGUCUUCUGACCCUCUUCUGAUGUUUUCUUCCACCCAGCAUCACAGCUAGGGUGAAUGGAGCUGACCCCUGUACAUUAAGGGAUCCGGGGCAAGUGUUAUGCUCCAGGUCUUCAGGACUUCCGUUCAAGUUAGAAAAUUGAUUUGGCAAAAACUUAGUAAAACUUUGAUUAGCUGUAUUGUCUUUUUGGAUUGAAGACAGCACUGCUCUACACGUUUUCUGAUUCCAGUGCCGCUUUACUACAGCGGAACAACAAGCCUGUUGAUCUGAUGGCUCUGUCUCGAGCUCAAAGUUUUGGAUGUUAGAGGUGUGUGUUUGCCAGGCCUUAAAAAGGAUUCACUGUUUUAUUUGAUGGAAUGUAAUCCCUACUUUGGACCAAAAAUGUUUUGCAUUCUAGUGCACUGAUUUCUCCUUAUCUCUAACUUUAAUGAUGUGCAAUAUUUUAUCAUUCUCUAAAAUAUGCACAAAAUCUGAUUGCAGAUUGAAAUGAAAUCACUUUACAGGAUGAACAUAACAGUCCUUCCCAUUUGUUUGCUGCAGGUUAUGUAGAGGGAUCUGACAUAAUCUUUACAAAUGUGAAAUUUGUAUGACAAAUACAAAAACUUAUGGGGCUAUGAUAGAUGUGUUGACUUUUUUUCGGGGAAGAGGGGUUGAUAAAACAUCUUAGCCCAUUAUUUCAAACAUUUGAGUUUUGGAUAUCAGAUAAAUGAGAUGAUAGCAAAAUCAAUCCCAUGGUCUCAUUAUCUCAAGAUAAUGGUAUUAAGAAACUGUUACCACAACUGCCGUAUCUUAAGCACAAAGUAUCCUAAGUCAUUUUUCUCUGCAUAGUAUCAAAGAUAUUUAAUGAGAAGUGAGUUUAAAAUCUCAUUACUGAUAAAAUAAAGACAAGAGAACUGUUACUGCAUCAAAAGCGAGCUUGAAAUUUUAUGAUCUUUAGAUAAUGUGAAAGAGAAACCCUAAUCUUUAAAAAAACAACAAAAAAAACUUUCUUGAGAUUAUGAUAUAAUAAAAGCAUUAUAAUGAGAAAAUGAGACACAGAGCUUAGGACAAGAGCAUAAAGCAAUGAAGUUGUCAUCUCAACAAAAAAAAUGUUAAAGGCAUUUUCCUAUCAAAACAAGACUAAAAUUUCUAUCAUUACAUAUUGAGCUCAAGAUCUUAAUAUCUUCAGAUGAAGUAACAUUUGAGCAUGAUAACAAAAUCGGCUCUAGAUUUUUGUCAUCUCAAUAUGAUGAGGCAGUGAAAUUUUCACCUUGACUAAAAAGCGAAAGAAGUUUGGGCUUUGCUAAAUGUUAAAAAAAAAGCUGUUUUCACUUGCUUGUGAAAAACUGUCUGAAAAUAAAAUGAGAAAUUUGAAAAUUUUAAGUCCUGAGUUUUGAAAGGAAAAAUUUGUAUGAGCCCUUUGCCUGACUUGCUCACCAAGAGCACAUGUUAAAUUAUAUGUAUGGUCACAUAAUAUUCUGUAAGCUGUGACUCUCCCCCUUUUUAUUCCACUCUGAUGUGGAUUGGUUGCUGGCUAACCUGAAGGAAAAAGGCUCAAGAUAGAGGAGAUAAACUUCACAGUAGAGAAAACUCCCCACAAAGCACUUGUUGAUUUUGAGUUUCAGACAAUCCUGCAUUCAUUAUCAGCUACUCUGUAUAUAAUGUUUGUAUAUAAAAAAAAAAGAAGAAAAAAAAUCCUGAAAAAAAUGACCGACAUUUGAUGUUAUUAUAAUAAGGUGAUGAGUCGGAGUGGAAAAACUGAAGUUUACAGGUCUUCAUUUAGAGUCCAAUGAAUAACAUAGAGAACUAUAUUAUGUCUAACAGUAGUGUUAAAAUUGCAGUUGUGUACUAGAUACUUUAUAUUAAAUGUGCAUCAGAUUCAUAUAGAGAUGGAGAUUAUUUAAAAAGGUUAAAGAUGAUAAUUCACCUAUUUAUUUCUAUAUAAAAAAAGCGCUGUGUACAGUAUAAUGUUGGCAUGUUUGUGUUCAUGCAUCAAUCAUUGAGUUGCCUUUUUAACUGUUCUGCUACUGUGGCAUAAAAAAAGAAAAAAACAAUUAGAUGUUUAAAGAGCUUUGAUUGCCUGCAGGUUAAUAAUAAUCUUCAUUUGAUCCUGUCUGUUGUUGCACUAUAGAGAAAAACACUAUUUCAGAUGUUUAUUAUAAGAGUGUUUCUAAUGUUUUUGGGUAUUUAAAAAAAAAAAAAAGAUGCACUUUCCUUUCUUGAACACUUUCUAUGGCCCGUCGGUCAUUCAUUUAGACAGAUAUUUCUGGGAUGUCUGUUGCUUGAUUGUUGGAAAUAAAAGUAAUAAACUGCUUAUCUCUGUUUGAGAACGGGCAACAUCUCCCACACUGGAACCUAUCGCUCUCUUUUAACUACAUUUAAGUGCUUUUUCAGUUGCCAGUAUGACCUUAUAUUUGUAUUUGUUGCCAUCUUUGCUUUACUUCUACCCUGUAAAUUUCACACUCACAUCAACGGUAUUCUCGCUCGGUUGUGAAUACAGACUCUUUGUAGACGCUGCAGGCUCUGUAGGCCAUAAAACUACGGCGUAAAGGUGCCAGUGACGCUGGAAAAACCUGUAACUUUGGCUUCCAUCUGUACUUACCUUGUCUCAAUGCAUUAUUCUUGAACAGUAACUUUUUUGACUCAAGUGUCCUCUGUAAACAUUUUUAUCAUGCCGUGCAAUAGGAGAAGAAAACUGCGUGAGUGUUAAUGUACUUCUGUAUAUAUUUUAUGUGUGAAUGAUUGUACUCUGCCCAUUCAUCUGAAGUGUUUUACACAUUACCUCAACAUUUAACAGGGCAAUUAUUAAUGCAUUCUCUUUUCUUUUUUUUUUGUGUUAGUUUUUAGUUUGUUUCUUACUGCCAUCGACAGGUGAUUCAUCCCAAUUUCUGCGAACACAUGAAUUCUGUUGAUGAAAACAAAAAACUUUUCCAAAAAGAUCUAACAGCCUUCUACGAUGACUGCAAUAGAUGGAUUUUCAUUCAUUUGAUGUCAUCAAUAAAACUGCUUUAAACUGUA